CACACACACACACACACACACACACACACACACACGGUGUCUGCCUCCCCGCCACAGUGUGGUUAAUAAUGCCGCUGAGAAACGCGAAUUCCUUUCGGUGGAUCCGAAAAAGCGGAUCAGGCUCGGGUGGUGGAUCAGUAGGGCUCUGAGGGCUUAUCACCGCCCUGGGAUGUUAUCAUGGCGUCUGCCCUGAAGGUGAAGGGCGAGGCUCCUGUGGAAGGUGGAACAGAAGAGGCGGGAAGCCCAGAAGAGGCGGGAAGCCCAGAAGAGGCGGGAAGCCCAGAAGAGGCGGGAAGCCCAGAAGAGGCGGGAAGCCCAGAAGAGGCGGGAAGCCCAGAAGAGGCGGGAAGCCCAGAAGAGGCGGGAAGCCCAGAAGAGGCGGGAAGCCCAGAAGAGGCGGGAAGCCCAGAAGAGGCGGGAAGCCCAGAAGAGGCGGGAAGCCCAGAAGAGGCGGGAAGCCAGAAGAGGCGGGAAGCCCAGAAGAGGCGGGAAGCCCAGAAGAGGCGGGAAGCCCAGAAGAGGGAUUUUAAGAAGAGAAAAUGAAAUGUGAAAGUAAAGGGUUGGAAGUGAAAGAGAAAUGAAGCACUGAAAUGGAAAGACGAAUGAGAGAGGAGGAAUUGGUAAGAGAAAAUUGGAUGAUGAGAAAGAUAAAGUCGAAUGAGAGAGGAACGAGCCCUACACACCUUGAUCGACAGUUGGGAGGCGGGACCAAAGAGCUGAAGCUCAGCCCCCCCCCCCCUCCGCCUCGCAAGCACAACUAGGUGAGAACAACUCUUGAGAUGGCGUUAAAUACGUCAUCCCGGAGCAUGUUCGUUGCACAGUGGUCUACGUCUUCGGCACACAAUCCAGGGGUUCAAACCCCGGGCGGGACAGGAAAGGUUUGAUGUCUCUCCCUUCAUCUGAUGCCUCUGUUCACCUAGCAGUUAAAUGGGCACCAGGGAGUUAGAGAACUGUUGUGGGGUGCAUUCUGGGAAAGGCUUGUAGUUGAAUUGUGUUGAGGGGGGACGUCAAUAAGCCUAAGUAGAGGCUUCCUGUCCCCUUGAUAACGAGAAUUUGACUCGCGUUAGUAGACUCAUUCGACUUAGGGAGCCGGUCGGCCGAGCGGACAGC